AGUCUUCUCAAGUAUAAAAAAGAGAGAAACCUGUCCAAUUCCCUUAGUCAUAGGAGAAGGCAAGGAUGGAAGCACUGACCAUAUAUUUAGAAGACUUUGAAAACUUCGAAACAGCCUUCUUUCAGGGGUUUUAUUUGAUCCCUAUUCACUAUUGAUACACUCACAUCAAUUUUUUUCUUUUUCUUCUUCUCCUUUUUAUUCAUGUUUGGAUUUUCUUUAGCUAAAAAGAGAUUGGCCCAGAUCAGUUUUAGAGAAAAAUUUCGUUUUUAUUUGGCAGAGUAUCCAAUUCAGGAUCUUGGUGAAAUAUUUGUCUCUGUGAGGAUCCAAAUCAAGAAAUUUAGUGGGCUUGAUUUGAGAUAGAAAUCAAUCGAGAUAAAAGGUUCAAGUAGAGGUGGGUGACUUGAUUUUGAAAGACUGAAUCUUUGAAGAUGGCUGGGGUGCAAGAUCAGUUAGAGAUCAAGUUUCGAUUGGCGGAUGGAUCGGAUAUUGGUCCCAAAACCUUUCCUGCUGCUACAAGUGUUGCAACCUUGAAGGAAAAUAUUCUUGCCCACUGGCCUAAAGAAAAGGAGAAUGGUCCAAGGACAUUGAAGGAUGUCAAGUUAAUAAGUGCAGGAAAAAUACUGGAAAACAACAGAACUGUAGGGGAAUGCCAAAGCCCACUGUGUGACAUCCCUGGUGGGGUUACAACCAUGCAUGUUGUUGUUCAUCCAUCUUCUGUAGAGAAAGAGAAGAAAGCGGCAAACCAACCAAGGCAAAGCAAAUGCGUUUGUGUUAUAUUAUAAUUUUCACCUCCAAGAGCAGGAAUUACAUCAAGGUAUAGAGUUUGGUGCUGGUAAAGAUAAUGAAAUUGGCAACUUGUGGAUUUGAUGAGAGGCAAUGACAUUAUGAACUUUUAUCAUAUAUCAUAUAUAGGUGCGGGUCAUAGCCUCCCCCCAUACAGUUUCCAGAUCCAACCCAUUUGGUAUACGAUGAUUGUAUUUAAGUUGAUUUAACUUUGCUUCCAUGCAACUAAAUCUCAAAUUUAGUUGAAAAUUUCUCACUGGCACCUAUCCCAGAUUUUGCAUAUUGAAUAUGUGUCACCUUGUCUUGUAUCAUUCAUAGCUGGACAAUUUGAGUGGGUAUAACAAUUGGCGGUCAUUAUUUACCUAGCUGAAUGCUGAAGAGCUCUUGACUGUGUUCUGGAAUGCAGAAAGUUAAAUGUCUAAAGUUAAAUGUAGUUUAUGAGUAUUGCUUUUUGGACUUCCAUAGUAGUCUUGAUCGCUAUGAUGGACAAUGCUGCGACAUGGAGCUCCUUGACGGAGAAGAAAAUCAAUAUAUUACUUGUAUUGCUUAUCUCUUAAGACUUUUUUGAAGAAGGAAGGUUAUAUUACUGACA